AUGCACAGCGCCAUCAGCAACCUCGGCGCCGGUGGCAUGCACGACGUGCAGCUGAGCGACAUCGCCAACAGUGUCCUCUACGGGUGCUUCUUCCCAGGCGGCUUCUUUGCCGGUAGCGUUAAUACUAACCGCUUCCCGUGUCGUGUAGAACAUCCUUGGACCGCGCCUGACCCUCUCGAUAGGGACCACCGGAUACGCCCUCUAACUCGGCGCCCUCUAGAACUACCAAGUCUCAUUCUUGCCGGCGCCAUCCUCGGUCUGAGCGCCUCCCUCUUUUGGGCAGCCCAAGGCGCCGUCAUGAUGUCCUACCCAACUAAGCGCGACAAGGGCCGUAGCUACAACCUCUUCUGGUCGCUCUUCCAGCUCGGCACUCUCGUUCGGCACCGGCGUCUACACCGCCAUCAUCAUCAUUCAGCUGACGUCUGUCGCAUCCAGCUGUGCUGCCGCACCGCGUCAUCCGCGGCGACGGCGCAAAGGUCGAGGUCCAGGCAUCUCUGGGACCGCGGCAGGGGCGCUGUCGAGUUUGGCGCCAUCACGUCAUUUCUCUUCAACGACCGCACGCGCGCCCUUGUCGCGCUGCUCACGGGCCUGGGGUCCAUCAUUGGCUCAGUCAUCAUUGGCCUGUUGAAAGACACACUGCCGUUUCCGCGACGAAAUUCUUCGCUCGUGGCAAGCGCGGCCGUUUUCCUCAUGGUGUGCGCAGUAUGGGGUGGCGGCGUCGCGUUCCGCUCGACUUUCAGCGUGGCGAUACUGUGCUACGGGGGAAGCCUCUUCCAUGGGACUGGAUGGACAGUCCUUCUGGAGGACCCGAUGUUCGCGUACUAUGUCGUGGACGCUGCUUUCAACGGUCUAGCCCACUACACCAUGUCGGCAAUCACCAAUGAGCCCUUUCGACUUGCCCGUACGGCCGCAUACUACAAGGCCAUCCGGUCUGCCGGUGCGGCCGUGUCGUUCGGCAUGGACGCAGUCGACACACCCUACCUCGGCGAAAUUCUUAUUUCCUGGCUCCUCAUUGUCAUCGCGCUGCCUCUUUCCAGGACAUACGACGACGACGACGACGUCGAGAACGCUGGGCUCACCAAGGUUGUGAGCCCGAAAUCGGCGGCUGCUGCCCAACGCGCGGAGGAGAAUUAG